AAUAUAUGACGAAUACAAUCAAUUUUUCGUAAAUAUUUCGUUAAUUUAUUUAGAAAUCCCACAGUUUAAUGCACGUUUGCCAACGCGAUUGCAACUCAAUAGCGAUUCACACGGCGAUCGAAUCAAUUUAAAUUUAAAUUUUAAAUUCAAUUUCAACCAAUGAGAAGCAAGAAACCAGUUGUAGCAGACGUCAUUGGAAUGUUUGAUCAAAAGUUAAAUAAAAACGACGAUAAAAGUUUUAAAAUUCCACUUCCGGCAGUUUGGAGGGAGCAACGAAAUUUCGCGGAAGAGUUCAGGAAAAUGUCAGAGGUGAAAAGGCUAGUAAUAUCGUUUGUCCAAUUUUUGGGGGAUCAGCUGCAGCACGGAAGUCUGUCGUCGGAUGCCAAAGAGAGCCUGGAAGUGGCAAUUCAGUGUCUACAGUCGGCGUAUGGAAUCUGUCCAAACAGUGCCGAUGAAGUAAACAAAAGCCAGUCUUUAUUACAGAUAUUUUCGGACGCUACUCGAGAGACUGUCAUAACCGUGAGGAAUCCGAAGAGGGAAUCGUGCUCCGAAUGUGAUCCUGCAACCGGCGGGAAGAAGCCAGCGGCCGAUUGUGACUACAUGCAGAACCAUCUGAACGGAUUUUCCGAAAAAGAAGGAAUCGAUUGUCCGUCUGUCUGCGCCGACCACACGACAGAGCAGCUGCAACUGACAAGGGGAAGACGGCAGUGUGCGGGAAGAAACGAACUCUCUGCAGAGGAUUCUGUUUUGGGCAGCAGAAGCGGAAUGGAAGCGCACCGGAUUGGCUGCAAUGGCAUGCACGGUGAGACAAGACCUCUCGAUCUAUCUCUAGAAACAUCCAAACACCUGCUGGAAAGGUUGUCACCCAAGGGUGGCUGCGUCCAGUGUGGCAAGGACGGGAGACUAACAAAACGCGGACGACCUCACGAGAGUUACUUUGGAUGCAAACUGUGCAGGGUACAUCUGUGUCGCAAGCGGAACUGUUUUGACAUCUGGCACACUGUGUCCUGACGGCCCAUCCUAUAUCCAAAGAGAUUUUUAACUCCAAUGCUCGAAUUUUCUAGUCCCACCGUAUGCAAAAUCAAGAUAGUGUCACCAGUGGGAGAGGAAUGUCACAACUUAUUUGCCUUUCGACAGUGGGAGAUUACAUAUGUAAGAACACAACCUAAUAUACUGACACAAUGACUUUGGCAGAUUUCUCAAGAUCUGCCGAAGUCUUCAAUAACAUAUCAUUACUAUAAUGCUUUGCCCACAACAUUUUAAAUCUGUGUUCUGCCAAAUCAUUGCAUCUGUCACAAAAGUAUUUACACAGUGUUUAAAUGGAUCUGUUGGAGUUUUGUUAUCUCAAAAGAAACUUUAUACGUAUGCUCUAAAAAUUACGCGAAUGGUGCUAAAAUUGUCGGCAUUUUUCAAAGGCGUGAUACUACGUAAAACGAGAAUGUGCCAUAAAAAUACUUGUUGAUGCACAAUUUUGGGGAUGUUAUUUUGUUAAACACACUGCCAAAAAGUAGAUUUUUUUUUUGCAUGUAUGAAUUAAGGGAUGAUUUAAAAUUUGCUCUUUCAAACUACUUAAAUGUUUGCAGAUCCUCUUUCUCAACAAAUCUGAAUAUCUUACCGUGUUCUGGGUGUUAAACCGUUUUGCCAAAUUUAUGUAAAUGUUUACAUAAUGUGUUUGUUCAAUAUUCAACCUAUGCUCACGAACGACUUCCAAAGAUUUUUUAAAUAAAUGUGCAAUAUUCUCCAAGAUAUAAGUUUCUGUCAUUCUACAACCAUAGUUUUGACCAUAGAAUAAAUGAAAAGGUGGUGUAAAUCAUGUAUGAGCAGCUUUCAUUACAUAAAUAUUCCUAUCAAGAACAUUAAAACUACUGUAAAUAAAUAGCUUACGAAAAAGCUGUACGAAAUGCAUACACAAUAAAGAUUUGAAAUUAUUAUAGAAAAACAAUGUGCGGAUCCGUUAAAUUCAGGUAAGUCCGAUCGUGAACGUAUUUAAUAGGAUAAAAUAACAAAAUACUAAUCUUAUGUUUCUCCCAGCAGAACGGUUAAAAUUUGUUUGCGUUAAUUUUUUGUUCAAUGGGUUAUCUCUACUUGUAGUCUAUUACAAGUGGAGACGCCACAUUGGUAAAAUUUGAAUUUAUACAAAUUUUCUUUGGUGCAUUUUCGAAUAUCUAAGCAAUUUCAACCCAAAGCAGGUCUUAGAAGUAGGCUUGUUUGUUGUGUUAAUUCUUGCACCAUUCUGCUGGAAUAAAUGUAAGGUUAGUGUGUUUGUUAUUUUGUUUAUUGCCUGGUUAGUGGAAGAGUGAAACAUUUACUUAACGGAAUGGGAAUGUCGGUGUUUCAUUCCAUCCUAAUACAUCAAGUUUUCUGAGUUUUCUUCACAUUAGUAACCACUAAACAGGGACCAGUUUCCCAUGAAAAACCUCUUGGGAGACAUUCGCUUCUCGGCAGUUCGCCCGUGUGUUGCAUUGCCGUAAUUGAAUAAAACAAAACCUUCAAGUACUCGAGGUCUAUACAUGUUUGUCAACAUCAAAUAACAUUUCUCUAACUCCUGAUUUCAUUGUCAACUUCUGACAUUACACAUUCCAUUAACUUCGUUUAUUAGAUAAUGUUUCAGUUUAAGUUUCAGUCAAUAAUAGAAAGCAGAAUUUGUAACCAGAUAGCAUCUUAUAGAGGAAGAGAGAAAACUUGCAAAGAUUCUCCUAUUGCAUGACUGUUAUACAAUUUGAAAUGAACAAUUUGGGAAUUUGUUGGAAAAAUUGAUUAUUCUUUUGUUGUUUUUCCUUUACGACUAGGUGCAUAGACAGACACUGGGCAUUUUUGACAUCAAUCUAUUCAGGAAUAUCUUGUUGGCCAAGACGAGUUUCAGGCAUACACCCUCUUCUGUUGGCAUUUUGUUUUGAGAUACCUUGUAAAGAUAUACAUCUUGCUUAAAAAUUACUUAUAUUUGUGGUUGAACUACAUAAUAUCAUUAACAUGUGCAUAAAAAGUUGUUAAUUUAUCUAUGUAUAUACAGGGUGGGGCAUGAUGGAGUCCCACAUUUAUGAGGUGAAUUUAAAAAAAAAAACAGUACAAUAAUAUGGAAAAAACAUUUUAUUUAUUCAAAGAACAUGUAAUAAAGUUUUUUUGGUUAGGCUUUAAAAAUGAUGAUGAUAAAUCUAGCUCCAUGCAAUACUGCUAGGAGGCACAGCUGUAAAAGCUGUGCCUCCUAGCAGUAUUGUGUGGAGUAGCGACAAAGUGCAUUUUCAU